AUGUCAAACGGUGUUAUGAAUGAAAAGUCAGACGAGCCUCUUCGUCGCAUGCAAACGGCGGAGAGCGUUUUCCUGCCCAUUUCUCGAGAGGCAUUCGAGAAACUCUACUUGAACCCGAAGAGUCCCACGGUUUCAGGGGACUUGCGCAAGAAGGUGGGAAAUCCUACACCAAUCUCUCUGCUGGGCUUCUUGCUUGCUUCCACAACGAAUGCAUGUAUUGUUAUGGGAUGGAGGGGAGCCGGUGGCAAUGGAGCUGCCAUUAUUCCUGUCUUGAUCUUCUUCGGAGGAAUGGUUCAGAUAUUCGGUGGGAUUGGGGAGUGGAUUAUUGGCAACACCUUCUCAUGCGCGCUCUUCUUCACAUACGGAACCUUCUGGAUUGUUCAAGGAACAACCCUUAUGCCAUUCUUCGCUACUGGAACCCAUUUCUCGUCCACUGGCAACUUUCUCGAGGGACAGCAGACACCCAUGUAUAACGCCAGUAUAGCAUUCUACUUUGUGGCUCUGACAGUCAUAACCUUCAUAUACAUGAUAUGCUCCCUUCGAACCAACGCCUGCCUCUUCUCCGCGCUCUUCUUGCUUGAGAUCACUUUAGGGUUGUUCGCCGGUGCUUUCUUCUCCAUCUCCGCGGGGAAUCUUCAUUUGGCUGAGAAAUUGCAAGUGGUCGGCGGCGCAUUCAACUUUGCGCUAUGCAUACCAAUCUGGUGGAUUUUCAUCACACAAAUCCUGGAGGCCGUCGACUUCCCGGUCUCGCUUCCUGUUGGCGAUCUCAGCACGCUUAUACCAGGACGGAGCCAGAGGAUGCGUUUGAAGCAAGCUGAGCCUUGA